AUGUCGUUCUUUUCUUCCAAAUCUGCUUUGACUUUGGUCACCUCAGCUUUUUUGGCAAUUACUCCUAUCAAUGCACAGCUCUACAACAAAACAAUCCAAACCACUUUGGGUCCCGUUCAAGGAUACAAGUACUUCACCGCCAAUGUCAGUGAGGAAUACUUUGGUGUUUCUUCCAGCAAUGUCGCCGCGUUCUUAGGUAUUCCUUAUGCUGCCGAUACUGGCUACCAAAACCGAUGGAAGCCAGCCCAGUCUAGAGAGUCAUGGAACGAAACUUUACAAGCUACCAGCUUCGGUCCUGCUUGCCCUACCAGCACUUCUUCGGGCUAUGUGAGCGAGGAUUGUUUAAGUCUAAAUAUCUGGACGAACGCAAACUCUUCCAGUGAUAAGCUCCCAGUCUUGCUUUGGAACCAGGGUUCUGAAGAGACGAGUGACAAUCCUUGGUGGUAUGGUGGCGGAAUGGCCAUGAAAAAUGUUGUCAUGGUCACUUUCAAUCGUCGUGACGACGUUCUAGGUUAUCUCGCCACUCCUGAACUCAAUGCAGAGGGUCUCGCUACUACCGGUUACAACACUUCCGGCAACUACGGUGUUCUUGAUCAACUUGAGGUCUUGAAGUGGAUCCAAAACAACAUCGCCAACUUUGGUGGUGACCCAGACAGUGUUACAAUUGCGGGCCAAUCUUUCGGUUCAUCACAAGUAUACCAUGCAGUCAACAGUCCGCUUUUCACUGGUUACUUUCACCGCGGUAUCUCCCAGUCCGGUAUUAGAUAUCCAUAUGAUACACUCCUUGCUGGUCUAGCUACUUCUUACGUCACUAUGGAGAGAGCGUUAGCUUUCGGUGUGAACUACACAGCUGCUCAAAACGUUAGUACUCUUGCGGAACUCCGUGAACUGCCUCUGUCAGAUGUCAUCCAAGGAUCCAAUGAUCGUGACUCUAGCAUCUGGUAUAUCACUGCUUUGCUAUGCAACGACCCUCUUAUAUUCAAGCCUGUUCUGGAUGGCUACGUUCUCCCCAUGAAAUACUUGGAUCAACUCAUCGCAGGUCCCGCCAACGAUGUCCCACUUAUCACCGGAAAUACUAAAGACGAGAGCGGUGCCUCUACAUCACUUACCCUAUAUAAUCUCACCGAAUACCAAGAAUACAACGCUCUCCGAUGGGGCAAUCUCUCCGACACAUACUUCAAACUUUACCCUGCAGAUGGUAAUGUUACUCUGGCCAACAUGGCUUGGAACGCUGCUCAAAGAGAUGUCUCGGUUGUCAGCAGUUGGGCUUAUGCAAACAAGUGGAUUGAGUCUGCCGCAAGCCCGAUCUACACCUACUACUGGGACCAUGCUCCACCGGGACAGGAUCAGGGUGCUUUCCAUCAAAGUGAAAUCAUGUACGCAUUGAAUGCACUAUACGCCAAUACUGACACAUACCCUUUCACUGACGAAGAUUACUACAUCGGCGAAUUGAUGACUGGCUACUGGGUCAACUUUAUUAGAACUGGUAACCCUAACACCGGUGGAGCGUACACUAAUGGUACUUUGCCCCAUUGGUAUCCUAACGAUGGUAUCUCCAACUACGUCAUGGAGUUGGGUGAUGGGUGGGGUAACCAUACUGUUUCUCCAACUGCUAAUGUUGAUCUAAUUAUGAGCUAUUUUGGACAACAAAUUCCUUACUAG